AUGGAUAAGAUGAGUGGGAACAAUGCUACAGUGGUGAACAGCUCAGUAGACAACUGGUCCUUUAAUGAACGUAGCUCAUUCCAACACCUGGACCCUGGGGACCUGAGGGUCCUGGUUCCAGCUAUCCUGGGAGUCAUCUGUGUCUUGGGUGUGGUUUGUAAUCUCACUGCGAUGGUAAUCUUGUUCUCAAAUUCUCAUAGGGGCAAACUGUCUCUUGUCAGCUCCCUCAUCUUCAACCUGAUGUUUGCUGAUGGGCUGGUGAUGGCGUUUGUGGUGCCUUUCCGUGCUGCUUCCUACUCCAGGGCCAGCUGGAAUCUGGGCUGGGUGGUGUGCAAGACAGCUGAGUGGUUCCUUCAGUCCUGCAUGGCAGCAAAAAGCUUCACAGUGGCAGUCAUGGCCAAAGCAUGCUACCGCUAUGUGUCCAACCCUACAAGGCAGGUGAGCAUCCACCUGCGCUCCAUCCUGGUGGUGCUCUUCUUCAUCUGGCUGUCUGCCUGCUCUGUCACCAUCCCUCACUGGCUGUUUGCCACGCUUCAGAGGGAGAUCCGUGGCCUGGCGUGUGUGUUGAUAAUCCCUCUCAAAGCUCGGAAUUUCAUGUCUGUGUACAUCAAAGCAUACCCCCUGGGGGUCUACUGCGCACCUCUCUGCUUUGCCCUGCUGUAUUUCUGGAAGGCUUAUCGCCAUUGCCGACACCGCUCCAGUAAGACUCAGAAUCUGCGGACACAGAUCAGAUCCAGAAAACUCACCUUGAUGCUAUUCAGCCUCACAUUAGCCUUGGCUAUUCUGUGGCUUCCUCAGUGGGUAGUGUGGGUUUGGGAGCGUUAUAUAGCAGAGAAAGGAACUGAAGGAGUUCAGCUCCAUAUCUCUUCUCCUCCCCUUUUUCUAACCCUCUCAGCACAGCUGCUUACCUUCUCUCUGUCGCUGGUGAACCCUCUCAUCAUCCUCUUCCUCUCCGAAGAAUUCAGAGAGGGCUACAGGGGGCUGUGGAGACGCCUCACCUUGCGUAAACAACCUCCACCAAAGCCAAAGCCUGGACCUCACAACCCUACCACUCUCCAGUCACCCUGCCCCAGACCAGAGACAUCAGGCCAGCUGAGAGGGGAGAGGAGCCUUCCAUCACGUUCCUGCGAAGAUCCCAGCCUAGAGGUUCAGACCAAGUCGGAGCAAGAUGCUGAAAAAGGAGGAGGAGAGAGAGAAGUAGACAGUGCGAGCCUCAAGGAUGGGAUUGUCUUACCUGAUGUGGAACAGUUCUGGCACGAGAGGGAGACAGGAUCAAAGACAGAGGAAAACGAUCCUGUGCCGUGGGAGCAUCAGAGCAAAGAGGAGAAAAAAUAA